AUGGGUGAUGCUUUGAAUAAAAUUCGAGAUAGUGUGAAAUAUGUUAAAGGGUCAGAGGGGAGGAUGAAAGUGUUUGAAGAAUGUGUUGAGACAGUUGGUCUUCAACUUAAAGUUGGUUUGUCAACGGAUGUGCCCACUAAAUGGAACUCAACUUAUAAGAUGCUUGAUAGUGCUAUUAAGUACCGACGUGCUUUUAGUAGUCUUCACUUGUUUGACACAAAUUAUAAACAUUGUCCUUCAAAUGAGGAGUGGGCUAGGGGUGAAAAGAUUUGUGAAUUUUUUAUGCCUUUUAAUGAAAUUACAAAAUUGAUUUCGGGUUCAACUUAUCCUACUUCCAACUUAUAUUUCAUGCAAGUUUGGAAAAUUGAGCUUUUGUUGAAAAGAAAUUUGAAUAAUGAAGAUGUGGUUCUUAGAAACAUGGCUAGUAGCAUGAGACUGAAGUUUGAAAAAUAUUGGGAACAAUAUAGUGUUAUUCUUGCUAUGGGAGUGGUGUUUGAUCCAAGGAUGAAAUUUAAACUUUUGGACUUUUGCUUCAAAAAAUUGGAUCCAAAUACUUGCAAGCAAAAGUCGGAUUAUGUGAAAAGCAAGUUGUAUAUGCUCUUUGAAGCAUAUAAAAGCAAGACUAUGACCGUGCCCCCUAGUUCUUCAACUUUAUCCACUCCUCCAUGUGAAAAUGCAAUAAUAGAAGAAACCAGUGAUGAAAUGAUUGAGGAGUUUGUUCAAUAUUGUAACCAAGAUGAUGUUGAUAAUGGAAAAUCAACAUUGGAUUUGUAUUUGGAUGAACCACAGAAGGACAUGAAGAUGUUUGCUGAUAUGGAUAUCUUGAACUAUUGGAAGGAAAAUAGGCAUCGCUUCGGUGAGUUAUCUUACAUGGCAUGCGAUAUAUUAAGUAUUCCUAUCACUACUGUGGCAUCGGAAUCAACUUUUAGUAUAGGAGGUCGUGUGUUGAACAAAUACCGAAAUUGUAUGCUUCCUUCAAACGUUCAAGCAUUGCUUUGUGCUCGCAAUUGGAUACGCGGUUUUGAACCCCCAGAUCAUGAUGAUGAUGAGAUUAAUGGUGUUGAAGAAAUUGUCCCAGUUCUAUCCGAAUUUUCAGAGGUCACUAUCAUUACUUAG